AUGGAAGCCCCACCCGCACCAAAGGAAGCAGCAGAAGCAGCAGGAGGAGCAGCAGCGCCCUUCGGCGCGCCAACUUCAUCUCUCUACGCUGUGCGCGACACGGCGUUCGCGGGCCGCGGCGUCUUCGCCACGCAGGACAUUGCGGCGGGGACGCCGCUGUGGUGCUCCGAGGCGCCCAGCGCGCACGUCAUCUUCCGGCAGUACCGCAAGGAGGUCUGCGGGCAGUGCUUUGCGUACGACGGGGGCAACAUGCUCAAGACCCGCGACAACGUCGUCGGGUUUGUGUUUUGCUCGCCGGAGUGUCGGGAGGAGUGGAGGCGGGAGCAGGGCGAGGUGGGCGUGGUGGCUUGGACGGAGGUCCAGAAGCUUUGUAAGGGGUGUCCGCAGGAGCCGGAGAUGGUUGAUGCUUACACCAUAGCCCCCGACCCGACGGACAUCGCAACCGCAUGGGCAGACGCGAGCACCACCGCCGCCACAAUCAGCACCGCACGAAGCAGUCCACACAGCGUGAGCAAAGCGCAACUAAAAGCGCUGCGCAACGCCCGCGCACACAUCGCCGCGCCCGACACGCUCGCCUUCCUGCUCUCGGGGCUGCUCGCGCACUACCAGCGCCCGGAAGCCUGGCCCGCAACCCUCGCGCUCUGGCCAAACCCCACGCCGUACCGCUCGGCGGCCGAGCUCGACGAGCACACGUCGACGUUCCUGCAGCUGCGCGCCGUGCUGCCGCCUGUUCUGGCUGUCAGCUUCACCGCCGACGUGUGCGCGGCCCUGGCGUCGAGGGAUAGUCGUAAUAGUUUUGGUAUCCGCUCGCUCGAUGAUGGUGGGGCCGAGUUCUUUGGCUAUGGCACUUGGCCUUCGGCGAGCUAUUUUAAUCAUAGCUGUGAUCCGAAUGUCGAGAAGAGGCGGGAGGGCCGCAAGUGGUUGUUUCGCUGUGCGAGGGAUGUCAAGGUCGGUGACGAGCUGUGUAUUACGUAUUUGAGUGGCGAGGAGCGCGCGAUGGCUGUGCAGGGACGGAUGGAGCUGUUGGAGAAGUCGUGGGGGUUUGAGUGUGCGUGUGUGAGGUGUCGGGCUGGGGAGUAG